CAGGCGCAGUACAGAUCGAGGCGAAAACACGGAAGCUCCAUGAACGAGGAUACAAACAACACGUCGCUAUAAUCUUUUGUCACAACCUGUUUUAGUAAAGAGUAACGGCCUUCCAACACACCUGCUGUUACAUUGCACUUUAUUCUGACACGGACAGUGAUCCGGGGGAUGGCUGUCGUGAGAAAGCUUCUGUAGUCGAGCUGCUUGUGCCUCAUUGAAACGCUGUAAACAGACUAUAUUAAUCUCCUGCGCAGCUGAACAAGAUGCCAGCUCGUAACUUGGUGUCUAACGGGACACCUAACAGCAAAGUUAGGUACUCCAGGUUAGCCACUGAUGAUGACGGCUACAUUGAUCUACAGUUCAAAAAGAGCCCACCCAAAGUCCCAUACAAGGCCAUAGCUCUGGCUACAGUCCUCUUUGUAAUCGGCUCUGUGUUAAUCAUCAUUGGCGCCCUUCUCCUGGCUGGAUACUUUGGAGUUGCUGACUCAGACCGAACCGUGCCUGUUCUUAUCAUCGGGAUCCUUGUCUUCCUUCCUGGAAUUUACCACUUACGUAUAGCUUACUACGCAUCAAAGGGCUACCAUGGCUACUCCUAUGACGAUAUCCCCGACUUUGAUGACUGACCAACAGCUUCAGCCUCAGUCUUCCUGCUUGAAUAUACUCACAAUAUUUUAUAUGAUUCUGUAAAUUAGUUGCAACAAGUUUGAUUUUUAUUGUGAUAGUGUUAACUACCUUGGUAGUUGAUGCCAGCCUGCUGUUGUGAAGCCAAAUCAGUAUCAGACAUUGUUUGAUUUGUAUAUUUGUUUUGCUUGAUAAACUAUUAAAACUGUAAUUUGAUUUUUUU